CUUGCUGUCCUCGACCCAGACUUGCGCUGUCCCAGUCACGGGGCGGUUCCUCCUGUGCUGCCCAUUCCUCCUCUUCUUCUUCAUCUGCCUCCAUUGUCUUCUUUUCGUCGUUCUUCUUCCUCUUCUUCUUCCACCCAACUCCCUUCUCGCUACUACCUCCGCCCGAAGUCAGGGAGCCAGACGUGAACGACAGGGGAAAACAAAGAAGCAAUAUCUGUCCGAAAUUAUCCCCCUUACCGUCAUUCCCACUUGUCAAUUGAUGUUUUCCGUUUCUUUUCCGGUCCUCCAUGGUUUUCUCUCGGGACGAUAUCUAGCUUUGAUCCCCCCCAGCUUUCCGUGAACAGCGAGCCCUCCUUGAGUCUUUUCCCUCCCACCCUCGAUUCCAAUUUUUCUCCCCCCGAUCUCUCUGUGCUCGCUGUUUGCUUCGUCACCGCGACGGCCUGACCUAAAUGGCGCCCCGUCGUACUGCCACCACUUCGUCUACCACUACCACCUCCACUACCACUACUACUACACACUCUACCACCAACUCCUCCCGCUCGUCUCCGAAAAGUCUUCUGGCGUCAUUAGGCAUGGACGAUGACUCGGAUUGCUCGAGUCUAAGCUCAGCGCCGGCAUCACCUCUGGCACCGCCUGGUUUCUAUCCGUCGCCGCCCCCGUCGCAGGACGCGGAUGAGCCUAGCGCCGCCCGCAGCCAAGACGAGUUGCCGCCCGCCAGGAAGAAGCGUCGGGUCGCCGCCCCCAAAGAACGCCGGACUCAGCAUCUCGACCUGUCGGCCACCGCCGGCUUGUCCUACACUGAACAGCAGUCGCAAAUUGACUAUCUCGUCAAAACGAUUCAGCGUCACCGCAAAAUUGUCGUCAUCGCCGGUGCGGGUAUCUCCACCUCCGCAGGAAUUCCUGAUUUCCGCUCGACCGACGGUCUCUUUAAGACUUUGCAGAAAAAACAUAACCUCAAAGCAUCGGGCAAGCUCUUGUUCGAUGCAGCCGUCUACCAGGAUGAGGCGUUGACCGCCUCCUUCCAGGACAUGGUACGGUCGCUGUCCGAGGAAGCAGCCAAGACCUCUCCCACAGCUUUCCACCACAUGCUGGCGCGACUGGGCCAGGAGAACCGUCUCACUCGUCUCUACACACAAAACAUCGAUGGCAUUGAGACCUCAAUGCCUCCGUUGGCCACGCAGAUCCCGUUGAACGUCAAAGCGCCCUGGCCACGCACCAUCCAAUUGCAUGGCAGUCUUGACAAGAUGGUUUGCCAGAAAUGUCGACAUCUGAGUGACUUCGAUGCGGGCUUAUUUGACCGUCCCGAUGCCCCCGAAUGCCCGGAGUGCUGCCGUAACAAUCAGUUCCGUAUGGAAACCGGCCAACGUAGCCAUGGUAUCGGCAAGAUGAGACCUCGCAUUGUUUUGUACAACGAGCACAACCCGGACGAGGAGGCCAUCACGUCCGUCAUGAAUGCUGACAUCCGUUCUCGCCCGGACGCUCUAAUUGUGGUCGGUACGAGUCUGAAGAUUCCCGGAGUGCGUCGCCUGGUAAAGAGUCUUUGCUCCGUCAUUCGGAGUCGCCGUAACGGAGUAACCAUGUGGAUCAACAAUGAGUAUCCCACCGGCAAGGAGUUUGAGGACUGUUGGGAUCUAAUGGUCAAGGGCGACUGUGAGGAAGUUGCGCGGCUGGCCAAUCUGAAGCGCUGGGAUGCACAGGACGACGUGUUUGAUGAGUGUAAUUCUUCGGAAGUGGAACGAGUGAAGAAGGAACAAGGCGAGGUGUCGGUGGUUGUCACCCCCAGCAAGAAACGACCCACUCCGACAGGCUUCCUUACUCCAUCGUCGAGUUAUGAGGAUGAAUCCAAACCUUUGGCGAAGAAAGGUCGCCCGAACCCCGCCAGCAACGGACGGAGCAUUACAGAUGUGCUGCAGGCGGCCAAGACAGACGGGCCAAAGAAGGCUGCUCCGAAGAAAGCGGCUCCGAAGAAGGCUGCGCCUAAAGGACGACCAAAGAAGGCCGAGCCAGCGAAGAACUCCAAGAUCAACAAUUUCGGAAGGGUCACCAAGGCUCAGAAAGCUGCCACAAGUGACAAGUCGACCAAGCUGGACAAGGACGACACCAAGGCGAUGCACCCGUUGGCUCCGGGCGCUGCUCGCAACAACGGACCGAAUCAGACGUUCCCCAAAAUGGUGGGCAAGGGUGCCUCUACUCCUCCACCAAGCGGUCGGUGGCGACAGAACGAGACCAUUUCUCCUGACUCUAUUCCCCGAGGAAUGAAUCUGUUACUGAACGAGCCGACCGCAUGACUCAGCUCGGGUCUGCGUCAGCGCGUCUUCCCGUCUUCUUUUCUUCUUUUUCUUCUCCUUUACUAUUAUUUUACAUUUAAGGCCUUCCUGGGGAGUCUUUUCAAUUUCAGUUAAUGGCGAUACCAAUGAUAGACUAUGGGACAUGGCGUUUGGGUGGGAUAAUGAAGAUGUCAAUUGGGCUCACCUCACUGCUUCAAGCAGCAGCUAUGUAGCUGGUUGGAGUCCCUUGGGUACUCUUCUGAUUUGUGGCGUCAACUGCACCAAUGAUUGUACAAUAUAGGCAAGCCCUUGUGGGCGUUGUGAGUGCGGAGUUCAAGGAGUCCCCACGUGGUGAAUAUAAUGAGCAG